AUGGUACCUCGCAAGAUAACCUCGCCCUCCAACAAGUCCAACCCGGUGUCUCGCUCGUCUUCGACGAAAAUUCCCCAGGGCCUGUCGUCCAAUAUAGCAUCCAAUCCAUCCUCUGCAAGCAUCAACACCUUGCCUUCCACCCAGGUGACAAAACCCCGGUUCCGCAUGUUGGAGAACGGAAACCACGAGCAUAACCUUAGAUCGGCAAAAAGACAGGAGAAGUUGUCCAACAUGUUGAAGGACUUGUUGGGAGCCAAAAAGCUCCGUGACGAGGCCAAGAGUGCGGUGCCGAAUAUUCUUCAGGGUGCAAUUAACUCCAACCCUCAGAACAACAAGGCCCAGGACAAGCCCCCCACUCUUUUUGCUGGCUUGGUUAAUCAUAUCAAGAACAACACUUCGCCAUACCACGCGGCCCCUGGCGACAAUUCGGCACAGCCAGUCACCGAUGAGUCUGCCACUGUUCCUUACAUGCCUACCAACCCUACUCAACCCGAUGCCCGUUCUUUCGUGCAAAAGUACGGACGUUGUCAAGAGGUGAUAGGAAGAGGGUCUUUUGGUGUGGUCAGAAUAUCGCAUAAGAAGGUGGCAACCUCUUCAUCCCAAGAUGAAGUGUUGUACGCAGUCAAGGAGUUCAAAAGAAAGCCUAGCGAAUCAGACAAGAAGUACAACCGUAGGUUGACCUCAGAGUUUUGCAUCUCUUCGUCUUUGAAGAACAUUAAUAUCAUUGAAACCUUGGAUUUGUUGAAGGAUGCCAAAGGUGACUACUGUGAGGUGAUGGAGUUUUGCUCUGGUGGUGAUUUGUACACCUUGAUUAUUGCUUCAGGCAAAUUGGAAUAUGCUGAGGCCGACUGUUUCUUCAAGCAGUUGAUUAGAGGUGUAAACUACAUGCACGAUAUGGGUGUUAGUCACCGUGACUUGAAGCCAGAGAAUAUUUUACUUACGCAGAACGGUAUCAUUAAGAUCACUGAUUUUGGUAAUGGUGAGUGCUUCAAGAUGGCGUGGGAAGACGAGGUCCAGUUGAGUGAAGGUAUUUGUGGAUCCUCGCCUUAUAUUGCGCCUGAAGAGUUUACGCAAAGCUCGUUUGAUUCGCGUGGAGUCGAUAUCUGGGCUUGUGGAGUUAUCUACAUGGCCAUGAGAACCGGGCGUCAACUUUGGAAGUUGGCAGACCCUAAGAAAGAUGAGUUUUUUGAAGAGUAUCUUGUGAAAAGAAAAGAUGCCACUGGUUACGAUCCCAUCGAGAGCUUGAAGAGAGCCCGUUGCCGUAACGUUAUUUAUUCCAUAUUAGAUCCCAAGCCCGAGAGAAGAAUCACUGGGAAACAGAUCUUGAAUAGUGAGUGGGGCCGUGAAAUCAAGGUGUGUGAAGCCGGAGAGGGCCAUACAUAA